AUGGCUGCCUUCGAGAAAACAUACCGCUCAACGCCAAUCAACCCCCCGCUAUACCAGGAUGCUUCGCCUGAGGCCAAGAAUAUUACCUACAAGAAGGACUGGAAUUACUCGCUCUUGGACUGCUGUUCUCCAGGCUCGUUGUGCUUCCUGACGUGCUGCCUUCCCUGCCUCACCUUCGGACGAACUCAAGCCAGGGCCCAGGACCCAACUCUCAAGAGCUACAGCAGCAUCAACUCCGAGUGUCUGAUCUUCACCGGCCUCACCCUCUGCUGGUCCCAAUGGAUCAUUCAAACAAUCCGACGUGGCGAGAUGCGCGAAAGGCACGGUAUCAGCGGCUCUUGCUGUGGGGACUGCUGCGCAACCUUCUGGUGCGGAUGCUGUACCCUCGUCCAGGAGGAGAAGGAGAUGGAGUUGCGCACGAGGCCAGAGCUGACGGGGUAUCAAGGUACGCCGCAGAUGGCGUAUCCAUGA